AUGUUUUGUGGUAAUAAGAAAUAUUGCGGUGAUGGAGAAAGACCAGAAGAUAACUUGAAACCAGUACUCAUCGAUUCACUACUCAGGGAGGAUAUUAUUGAUAUAGGAUGCGGCGAUGAGCAUGCGGUUGCAGUUGCUUACGGUGGUAAGGUGUAUGUUUGGGGUAAUGGUGCAAAUGGUCGUCUUGGUACUGGUAGCACCAGUUUUGUAACGACCGCUGUACCGGUUGUAGAUGUACUUUCGAUUUCAUUCAAUUAUUAUGUGCCGAAGUUAUUUCAGGGAAUCAUUACAGAUGCAUUAACGUUAACAGCUAUUAAAGGAUUUCCAUCGCGAGUCGUUGAUACGCUGGCUUGUGGUGAUGGUUUUUCAUUGGCUGGCACAGCAGAUAACGAAUUAUACUUCUGGGGAUCACGAUGUCAGCAACCCUGGUCACGGCUUACUGUCGAUGAUUUAGAAGCACUUGAUCCUAGCACUGAUUUCGAAAAGUUGGAAAGCAACGAUGACGACGAUACAUUUAUAUCGUUAGCGGACCUCGUAAGCAGCAAACGAAAUGUUAUAGUGGUGAUCGAAACGUCAUUUCCAAAUGAACGAAAGCAAUUGUCAAAACGGCUAAACAAUUCAUUACCGCAAGCAACGGGGCUUGAAGAUUCGCAAGUCGAAACGUGGAUCCAGCGAGAACUUGAUGACGCUGAAUACCUGCCUAAAACUUAUUCCGGAAAAAGCACCACAAAUGCGAAUGGAACAAAUGUUACCUCAAACAAUACCUCGAUGGACAAAACAAAACUCGAUGAACGCCAAUUGCUAGAAGAAAUUGAAAAACUGAAGGAAAAAAUCAGUGAUCAGAGUCGUACAUGUAAGGAACACGAAAGUCAAAUGCAGGAUCUCAAGAAUAAAUUAACAGAGCUGCAGCAGCUGCAAACACGGCAACAGUAUCAUGAGCCGCCACCAGAAUACAGCGAAAGUAAAGGCUUCUUGCUGAGGAACAACAUGUUCUCGAGAGUGCAGAGUCGGACCUGUGUUUUAUUGUAA